AUGGGUGCGCAGAUAAUUCUCUUCGACGGCUUCGAGGUGGUUCCUCCGCCGGAGAUGAACGACCUAAUACUCUUCGGAAGCGAACAGUCCGGUGGUUCAAACUGCGACGAAUCAACGGUGACCACCGAAGAAGACAGCACUGUUUUCUCCGGAGAUAGCUCGCCGGGAAGAGCUCAGGCUGAAGAGGAAUGGCCCGAAGAAGAGACAACACCUUUCUCUUUCUACAUAGUUAAGCAACCUGCUUAUGACGAUCCCGAGAUCAAAGCCAAGAUCGAUGAAGCUGAUUCCGAGAUUUAUCAGUUUAAUAAACUCCGAAUUGAUCUCUCCAAUGCACAGAAAUCCGAAAGGGCUGAGAUUUCGUCUCUGUUAUCUCAAAUGGAGAGCUUGGUGAUUAAGUGUGAAGGAGACAAAGUGGUGUUUGAGGAGAAGAUGAAGGACUUUGAUACUCUUCAUGAAUCUCUCCGGAAUCUCCGGUGCUCUGUUAGUGACCAGCUUUGUGUUUCCAAGGAGGAGCUUGAUCAUCUUAUCUACAUAGCGCAUUACGUGAUUGAACAUGGAAGCACCGGUUUUGAGGAAGAAGAUUGGGUUCUUAAGGAGACAGAGAAGCCUGAUGGGUUAAUACCGCUCAGUGAGGAGUCUCUUGCAAAGAAAGAAGCUUUCAUACAGAGUCUCAAGGCAAUGGCUGUGGAACUGAAUGAAGUAAGGAAGGAGGUGGAUGCGAUUACUUGGAACUUGAACCACCUGGUGACAAAAUGGGCAAGAGUCAGAACAAGAUCAAGGCUUUGGAUGUGGAAAUGGCACAUAAUCAAGAAUCCUCUUCACGUAUUUCCAGACCUUGCUGUGAUGAGGAAAGCUAAAGAUUUGGCUGCAACUGGAAACGUUAGAGAACUUGAAGUGUUUGCUAGCUCUGAGAGGCUUUUAGGUGAAGAGGACCUCGCAGUCACUCCAAGAAAGACAGCUGAGCCGAGAUGGGAGGGUUAA